AUGUCAACUACUAUACCAUCAACUCAAUACGGAUUUUUAUAUCAAAGGGCAUCCGGAUUAAAUUUAAAAACAGAUUUACCAGUUCAUAAACCACAAACUGGUCAAUUAUUAAUUAAAAUUGAUGCAGUUGGUUUAUGUCAUUCAGAUUUACAUGUCAUUUAUGAAGGUUUAGAUUGUGGUGAUAAUUAUGUUAUGGGACAUGAAAUUGCUGGUACUGUUUGUGAAUUAGGACCAGGUGAUAAUUCAGGUUAUAAAAUUGGUGAUAGAGUAGCUGCAGUUGGACCAAAUGGUUGUGGUGCAUGUAAAUUUUGUCGUGAUUCAUUAGAUAAUGUUUGUAAAAAGGCAUUUGGUGAUUGGUAUGGGUUAGGUAGUGAUGGAGGUUAUCAACAAUAUUUAUUAAUUAAAAAACCAAGAAAUUUAGUUAAAAUUCCAGAUAAUGUUAAUUCAGAUCUUGCUGCUGCUUCAACUGAUGCAAUUUUAACUCCAUAUCAUGCUAUAAAGAUGGCCAAUGUUAAACCAAAUUCAAAUAUUUUAAUUAUUGGAGCUGGUGGAUUAGGUGGUAAUGCAAUUCAAAUUGCAAAAGCAUUUGGUGCUAAAAUAACAGUAUUAGAUAAAAAACAAGAAGCAAGAGAAGAAGCUAAAAAAUAUGGUGCACAAAAUGUAUAUGAAACAUUACCAAAUUCAAUACAACCAGGAUCAUUUGAAUCAUGUUUUGAUUUUGUUUCUGUACAACAAACUUUUGAUAUUUGUCAAAAAUAUUGUGAACCAAAGGGUAAAAUUAUACCUGUUGGUUUAGGUGCACCAGAAUUAAAAUUUAAUGUUGCUGAUUUAGAUUUAAGAGAAAUUCAAAUUUUAGGUUCUUUUUGGGGUACUUCAACUGAUUUAGAAGAAGUUUUUGAAUUAGUUGGAUCUAAAACUGUUGUUCCAAAAGUUAAAGCUGUUGGAUUAAAAGAAUUACCUGUUUAUAUUGAGAAAUUAAGAAAGAAUCAAUAUGAAGGUAGAGUCGUAUUUAAUCCAUGA